UGGCAACAUUAUUGUUUUGCUUUAGUGUUUAAUGCUUAUGAGCCGCCUUGUGUAAAAAAUAAACAAUAAUUAUUAAAACUGUUAAAUCUAAUGAUCAUUAAUGUAAAAAUAUCAUAGGCAUACCAAAGCAUAAAACUUCAGACAGUGUCUUAAAUUAAAGUUCAAAUUCUAACCUAAGAAUGUCCGACGAUGAAGAAGUAAUUAUCGUUAAAAAGCCCAGACAAGUAUAUUAUGGCUCGCUGGAGGAACAAGAAAAGGCAAGGUUGGCGGCUUUGGCCGCGGCCGCCAGAGAAGGAGUUGAGGAAAGUGGAAAAGAGCUUGGAGAUAUACAAAUUUCUAAUGAAUACAUGGAGUUGGAGGAAGAAAUAUCAAGAGAUAAAAAGGCUUUGCUUGAAGAGUUUGAAAGAAGGAGAAAAGCUCGGCAGUUGAAUGUAUCCACAGAUGAUGAUGAGGUCAGAAGAAGCUUAAGACAGCUAGGGGAGCCGGUAUGUUUGUUCGGUGAAGGUCCAGCAGAAAGAAGAGUUAGAUUAAGGGAUUUACUUAGUUACCUCGGUGAAGAUGCAAUACACAAAAAGUUGGAAGAGGAAGAAGCCCGAAUAGAAAGGGAUAGAGGUCGUGAAGGUACAUGGUACCACGAGGGACCUCCCGAGCUCCGAGAGGCGAGGUUGUGGAUAGCUAGGUACUCUCUACCCAGAGCGAAACAUAGGUUGAACAAAGCUCGCGAGGAGUUGCAGCUGGCGGGCAGUGUGCGAGCCGCAGCCAAGCAGGAGUCACAGCGGAGAGCCUCCGCCGUCUCCAUAUACUGCAGCCAGAUCGGUGACACGAGGCCGAUAAGCUUCUGUAGGUUCAGCGGGGACAGUCAGAUGUUGAUAACGUCUAGCUGGUCUGGUCUAGUGAAGGUGUGGUCGGUGCCGGACUGCGAGCUGCUGCAGACGCUAGCCGGGCACACGUGCAACGUCAGCGCCGCCACCUUCCACCCCCACGCGCAGAUACCGCACCACUUUCGAGCUAAGAUAGAAAACAAGGGUGUGGAUACGAAGGUAGACGUCGAGAUGGAGACGAUGGACGAGUCGUCUAAGGCGGUGACGAUGGCGUCCUGCGCGUACGACGGCUCCGUGCACUUGUGGAACUUUGUCAGUGACAAACCCCUCGCGUCAUUGGAGGGUCACGGCCCGUCCCGCGUGUCCCGCGUGGAGUUCCACCCGUCGGGCCGGUUCCUCGCCACCACCGUGUUCGACCACUCGUGGCGACUCUGGGAUCUUGAGACGCAAAAAGAGGUUCUACAUCAGGAGGGACACGCGAAGCCUGUUUACAGUGUCGCAUUUCAGUGUGAUGGGUCCCUCAUUGUAACUGGCGGCAUGGACGCGUUCGGGCGCGUGUGGGACGCGCGCACGGGGCGCUGCGUGAUGUUCCUCGAGGGACACCUCGGGCCCGUGCUCGGCGCCGACUGCGCGCCCGCCGGACACCACGUCGCCACCGCCGCCGCCGACCACCAGGCGAAAAUCUGGGAUCUACGUCGGCGUACUGCGAUUUACACCAUACCUGCGCACACGCAUCUAUUAAGCGAUGUGAGAUACCAGAAAAGUCACGGUCACUUCCUGCUGACGUCAUCGUACGACAAGAGUGCCAAGCUCUGGUCGAACCCCAGCUGGCAUCCGCUGAGGACAUUAUCCGGUCAUGACAAUAAGGUUAUGAGUGCUGAUAUAUCAAUGGACAAUAAAUAUAUAGCGACAUGCUCAUACGAUAGGACCUUUAAAUUGUGGACCCCCGAUUUAGUUUGAUAAGUUUAAAAUUGAUAAUAAAGUAUUUGAUGUAA